UCAAUUAGAAGGCACAUCACGCAAGGGGAGCUUCUGUGAACGUCAGGGCCUGUGGAAGACUCUGAUGGAAAAAAAAUUCAGACCUGUACAUCCUCAUCAGAACACCAGGGAGAUCAUAAGUCACAAGGCAGAAAUGUGUGAUCAUCAAGAAAAAGAGCACAAGCACAGAAGACCACCUGGCUCAAAAGCUCCACAUGUGAAGCACCACCAUCAAAAUCAAGGCCAUCAUCGUCACAAUAAUAAACAAAGGUCGGAUGGCAACGAUAGUCAUGACACUCAUUCAACAGCAGAGGAGAGCAUUUUGAGUGAUCAUCAUACCAACCAUCAACAUCAGUCCGAAUCUCACCAUUACCACCACAAGCAAAACCAUCGUCAUGUUUCUCUUUCACAAACUUCCUCAAGUUCCUCAAGCCAUUCUUCUUCAUCCUCUUCAUCUUCAUCGACAUCCUCAUCUUCCUCCUUGUCCUCCUCCUCCUCCUCCUCCUCUUCUUCUUCCUCCUCCCCUUCCUCUUCCUCUUCCUCUUCUACAACAUCUUCCUCUUCUUCUAGUCUGUCUUCUCAGAACAGCAGCAACAGUGACACUUCAGAUAGCAAUCCUUUCAGGAAGCCACAGCAUUCACAAUCCUGGACCGAUAUCUCUGGAAAACACAAGUACUUUGAUGAAGGAGAUGACAUGGCUCCUUUGAUAAAUAAACCAGCUAAUUCAAAUGAGCUGCCCAACAAACAGAAACAAGAGAAAAGCAAGUCCUCUCGUUGUGGCCCCAAAAAUGGAAGCUCAAAAAGCCCUAAGAAAAUUACAAGAAGCUUUGAAAAUGAUGGAAGUUUCCGCAAAGCCAAAUCAAUGGAGGCUCUCACCACACCCAAAGACAAAGGAAAUGGAAAUGAGGAUGAAAAUGAAUCGGAGAAGAGGGAAAAUGAAGCCAGGAAGAAUUUAAUGAAAGAAAAAAUGAAGUUCUCUGCUUUUCUUAAUGAGAUUACUCGGCAAGUGCUCAGCCCAAUGAGGCUAACCACUCUUGGCGUGACAGAUGCGCAACGACCCUGCAGUCCAGGGCAGGCCUCUCUUAGAUCCAGGAAGGCAGACAGCAGGACUGACAAACCUAGACAGCAAAGUCGCCCCACCAGUGCAGACUCAAUUAGCUCCAGCAAAUAUUCACACUCUUCGCAGUUGUCUCAGUCUAAAUCUUUCCACGGUGAAAGUCGCUAUUUUGAAGAGUCAUCCCAUCACAUGCAUCAUAGGCCAAAAAGCUGCACAGAAUUCAGUUGUUUUAGAAGACGUCAUUCAUGGUCUCAAUCUCCUGAGCGUCACUCCCAUUCUUUUAAGCACUGCCAUAACCACCACAAAGGAGCCCAUGAGACUUCUAGUCACCAUCACCAUCAUCAUUACCAUGAAAAUAGCCCAAGUCAUCGCCAUCAUCACAGAAAGGACCACAGUCCUGUAUAUCCCCAUGGAGAUUCACACAGCCAUACUUACCACAACAAAGAUCACCACACUGCAUCACAUCACGAUCACCAUGGGCAACAUCGACAUAGAGAACCCUAUAGCCCAUCCCAUCAUCAUAGUAAUGCACACCAUCACCACCAUGGCAAGCACUACGGUCAUGUUCAUCACCAUCACCAUCAUCAUGUAGACCACAAUAGCCAAGGCCAUCACCAAGGAGACCAUGAUAGUCCAGACCAUCACCAUCAUCACAAAGACCACCAUAGUCCAGACCAUCACCAUCAUCACAAAGCCCACCAUAGUCCAGACCAUCACCAUCAUCACAAAGACCACCAUAGUCCAGACCAUCACCAUCAUCACAGAGAACACCAUAGCCCAGGUCACCACCAUCACCAUGGAGACAACAAUAGUCUAGAGGAUCACCAUCAUCGUGGAGACCACCACAGUCCAGACCAUCACCAUCAUCAUGGAGACCACCACAGUCCAGACCAUCACCAUCAUCAUGGAGAUCGCCAUAGCCAAGGCCAUCACCAUCACCAUGGGGGCCACCAUAGUCCAAACCAUCACCAUGACCAUCACCAUGGGGACCACAAUAGCCCAGAACACCACCAUCAUCAUGACCACCACAGUCCAGUGCAUCAGCAUCAUGGAGACCACCACAAUCUGGGGCAUCCCCAUCAUCAUCAUGGAGACCACCACAGUCAAGAUCAUCAUCACCAUCAUCAUAGAGAUCACCACCUUUCAGACCAUCAUCGUCAUGAUGGAGACCAUCACAGUCCAGACCAUCACUAUCGUCACCGUGACCAUCAUAGUUCGAACAUUCACCAUCAACAUGACCACCACAGUCUAGAUCAUCAUCAUCAUGAUGACCAUCAUAGUUCAGGCCAUCAUCACCAUGAAGAUCAACAUAGGGAAUCUCAUCACCAUCAUGGAGACCAACACAAUCCAGGCCAUUGCGUACAACAUGGAGACCACUACAGAUCAGGUCAUCACCACCAUGAAUCACAUCCCAACCAGCACCACUCAAGAAACAGUGAUCUUGACCAUGAUGACCACCACACUCAUUUGAAGGGGCAUUCUGCUGGCAGUCCACCGGCACACGGGAAGACAGAGUCUCUUUCCAUUAAACCAGAGUCUUCCGGGACAACAGCAAGCAAGCCCAGCAGCCACGAAGAGGAACGAACAAGUUUCAUUGGUCCAUCAUUACAUCAAGAGAAGAAACAGGAGCUGGGUAGAAUCAUGAUAAUACAGGAACAAAAUGAAGGUCUGCACCACAGUUUGCUGAAGACAGCUGUGAGGAUGGAGUGUUUGGGAGAGGAAUUCAUGAGUAGCCAAAAGCUGUUGGAGGCAGAACUUCAGAGGACACGCACAGAGCUCAGCAACCUCACGGAGAGGUUUAAGAGACUACAUGAUAACUGCUCCUCCACACAGCAGACUAAUAAUGUUCUGGAGCAAAAGCUUCACUCAGUGACUCAAAAUAUGGAAGAAGAACGACAAAGGUUGAACCGUCGUAUUUCGGAGCUGACGCAGCAGCUUGGUAAUGUGAAAUUUGCCAACUCUGGCGAAGUGUUCAGUGUGACUUCUGCGAUACACAAAAACAACCAUCAUUUUCAGUCAGAUGAUACCAUCAAUCAGGUGGUUCUCCCAAUCGCUCCUCCUCCAGUUCAGUUUAUGGACAACGAUAAUUAUGGAAAGGUUAAAGCUGCUGAGCAGGAGCAACCUCUAGGGUCAGUCCCAGAGGAGGAGGAAUCUGACUGGUCUGAAAUGGGAGAAGAGACCCCACGGCUUAUACUGACAGGAUCAAGCAGGGGUCAGACCUGGAGACACCGGGAGGCAGACCUGGACAGAGACAGCGAGUCAGGAAGUGAGGAAAUUCCCAGACAACACUCUCCACGCCCACUGCAAAUACCUCAUCUUCAGUUCACCUCCCACAGUGACAAUUUACCCGCACCACAAACUAGUUCUCGCUCUUCUGGCAUGAAGAAUCUGUCUGAUGGCAUGACAGGUGAGGGAAGUUACAGGUCCUCUAGUCCAAACCACGGAUCUGCCAUUCUUAUCCGGUCAGCAAGCCUGGAGGAAAUUCCUCUGGCAUGCCAUCACAUGCAAAAAGAGCUGAGAGGCACAGAGGCCAUGAUGGACCUCCGCCAUCGAGGGAAUGAAGCUACUGAGGAUUUAGAUAAUGAGAUCAUUCAUCAUUGGAACACAAGCAACCACAGGGAUAUGAUUAUUGGGAGGCCAAUUGAUAGCAGUAUGUCAGUGGCAGAUAGCAGCUUGGCCAGCCUGCAGUCAGCCGAGCGGAUGCUAAACCACUUCAUAUGUGAUUCAUACACUACAGAGGGAAGAGUGCAGGACAGGGCUGAAGUACAUGGCUGGAUGGGAGGGAUUCCAGAUGAGGUGCUGAAAGGAGAGCGAACAAAGCUGUGACAGUAACAUGACUGCACUAAAAUCCUAAUUUAAUGUAGCUAUAGUAGAAAGUUUAAUGAAUAAGCUCAUUUUAGUGGUUUAUGGAUUCAGCCACAUUCAUUUGAUGUUUGAUGUAAUUUAAUUUCUCAAUUUGAAAAGUAGAUUUUAUGGAUUUACUUUGAUAAACUGAUGCUGACACUUUCCUACUGUCUCAUUGGUGUAUCCAAUAAAAGCGAUGAGUUUCUAGCUUUAAAUUAUUAUAGCUAGCAUUUGCUGAAAGUGAUUGUUGGUCGAUGAAUACUAUAUAUAUAAAUGUGCACCUUGGAAAAUCCUGUACGGCUUAGAUAAACUGAUUAAUUCAUCGUAAAAUGUAAAUGUGUAUUUUUGUUGCAUAGAUACAAAUAGAAUGGUCAGCCAAAACCACUGACAGGUGAGCCUCCAAGGCUCCACCACAGAGCCCACAGGAUCCAAAGGUUCCACUGCUGAAACAACAAAAUAGCCACAGUUCAUACUCUGACAGGUCAAAUGUGGUUUUGUGGCUAAAGGACGACAUACACAAUGUUAGGCAGGUGGUUUUAAUGUUGUGGCUGAUCAGUGCAGUUCCUUUUCUUUUUUCAUCAUUGCAGAGUUUUAAAAAGUCAUCAUAUAAGUUAUACUUAUUAACAUAGCUAGCUACAGUUAGAUACUUUUGAAUGCUAUAAACAACAUCAAGCACAAUUUAAAACAGUUAAAAAGAUCAUAUUGAACCUGAUUUCCUUUCACAUUAUAGUAAAAUGUAAUUAUGAUAGGCUUGCCUUACAUGCUACUGAUAAUAUAUAUACUUAUAAAUACGGUAUUGCUAUAGCUUUUAAAAUGUGAAAAUUAUCUUAUGUUUGCUGUUUUCCUCAUAUUACAAUAUCCUGCCAAAAUAAAAGCUUGCAAAUGAACA